GUACAUGCAACAUAAAAUUUACCAUUUCAGUCAUUAAAAAUGAACAGUUCAGUGGCAUUAAGCACAUUCACAACACUGUGCAACUACCAGCACUCUCUAGCUCCAAAGACGUUUUCGUCUUGCCCAGAAAGAGAGCCCACAGUCCUCAGCAUGCCUUCGCCGUUUCUGCCCGCCCUGACAACCAGAAUCUGCUUCCUGUCUCUGAGGAUUUCAGGCGCAGUCUUUAGGCCUGACCAAAACUGACCUGCCUAUAUUUUGUUUGACUUACAGAAGGAUUUUUUUUAAGAUAGAUGCCAACAUUUGUUUAAACCAUAAAAAUCUGGCUUUCUGGUCUGCCAGGAAGAACCAGAUGGUCUCCAAAGAGUGGGCCCGCCUCUCCUGCUAGGCUGGAGCAGAAUGUGGGCAGGCGGUGACGUCACAGCGGGGAGCCAGCCUCGGACUCGGCUUCUCACCCGUCCCCAACUCCUUGUUGUCGGACACUCGUCCCCUUUCAAGCAAAAGCCUUACAAGUUUUUGCCUUUUUCUUUUUCUCCUCCCAACUUCACUUGGAAACACAGUGUUGGGCUGACUGUGAAUCCGCACAGGCUGAGACAUUUUUCCAAGUCGCCUUCUAAAUCAAAAGCCUUUGGACUUACCCACGUCACAUCCGCCUGCUGCUGCUUCUCAACCAAGCUGCCCCCACUCUCGGCCUCUGUCCCCGAUGGCCCUCUCGGGCUGUGCAGGUCCCACGGACCCACCGCUGCCUUCACUUCAUCCUCGCUGCCGCGCUUGCCUUCUCACGCUUGCCUUCUCGGAGCGCCCCCUAACCGGGCCUCCGGACCUUGCUUCCCGGCUCCCUCAGGCAUCCCCAGCUUUUCCCUGCAGUCCCCACUGGGGGCUCCUGGCUCUAUCCUAUGCCUUAAUUGCUGGUGGGCUCCAGCUCCCCUCCUGGCACCUUCUCUCUCAUCCUGCAAAGGAGGAGCUUCUUCUACAGAGCUCAGGAUGGAGGGUGGGGUCUCGGCCCCGCAGUCAGCCCAUUACUCUCGGAAGCCCCCCUGAGCCUUCUCUCAGGCGCAGAUUGAUCGUCUCGGACAACGGGAUGUGUAGAGAUAGCUCUCCCGAGUGCCCCCACUUGUUGGGAGCCAGGGGCUCAUUCCAUGCUGUUUCCAUCUCGGUCUCCACCUGCUGGAGGCACAAUCACAGCUCAGUUUGUUGGUGCCAGAGUUGCACAAGAAAGUGGGUGCCAUUGAACACGAGGCAUCAGUCAGGCUCCAGCCUACCUGGGCUGGCCCCAGAGACAUCCAUCUGGUGUCCCUCAGUUCUCCAAUUGAGUUUGUCCAAAUAACUCAUCUUCCCUUGUGCAAAAACAAAAAACAACAACAAAGAAAACAACGCAAACUGCCUCCCCUCUGGGGUUCCCACUCCCCUCAGAGGGACCACCCCCGUCCAAGGCCCCACAAGGAUUUUUGAUUGCCCUGGGAACCCAGCUCCCAAUCCCUCUCAGUUCUCUUUUCUCCUCUGCACCAUCAGCCCCAGGCUCUCUCCCCAUUUCUUGAAUGCCUGCAGCUGCCUCUAAGCAAACUCUGCCUCCAGCCCGUUCCCUCUGCCCCAUCCCCAUCCUGCAGCCAACAGGGUCCCUCUAAAAUGCAGACACUGAAAAGACAAAGCCCAGCAGGGCAGCUCUAUCGUGUCCUUUGUGGCCCUGCUGCCUCCACAGCCCCCAGCAAUGGGAUGGUGGAGGCUGGUGUCCUUAACUCACUGUGUCUCCACCUAACUCCACACUGCCUCUCACCCUGGCCUCCUCCUGAGCCUAGAACAGUCUCCACUGCCAUACUUGACCACACCCAGCAUACAACAGGUCCUACAGAGUGAAGGGAUGAGUGACUCAAUGAGUGAGGGGAAGUCCCUGUGGAGACACCGAGACACCAUUGUGGGCUGCAGUUUCCAGCCGGGGAAGCCUCCCUCGACCUCUGAGGGGAGGUGGGCCACCCCUUGAGGGCCACUCUCAAUGCGCUCCACCUUGGCUGACGGAAGCAAGGACGUGGCCCAGGAUCCUGGAGGGCCACUCUUGUGUGCUCCACCUUGGCUGACAGAAGCAAGGACGUGGCCCAGCGUCCUGGAGGGCCACUCUCACGUGCUCCACCUUGGCUGACAGAAGCAAGGACUUGGCCCAGGGUGCUGGACCAGUUGUGGCAGCUGCCGCAACUCACGAAAGCCACCACGUGGUGUUCUUCACCUAACUUGCCCAGUCCCAAGCCCCUGCCCGAGCUGCAGUGAGACAGAGCACUAGCCCCUCUCUUCUCUUUAGGUUCACCCCAGCUGUGGAAGCCCCAGCACCUCAGCACGCCUCCCUUGCCCUGUGCCUUCCUCUGCCAGCAACCCCCAAAGACUCCAACACCCCCAUCACGAUGUGCCCCAGUCUCCUGUCCUCCAGCCCUUGUCACAGGAGCUGUGAGCCCAGCCCUGGGCACUUCAUGCUCUGGAAGACCGGAGUCUCACACGCCACCUUUCUCCCUGGCAGCCAGGGUCUCUUGGGUCAGAGGAGGGCUGGACACUGCCAGGUUUUGAAGCUGUCAAAAAGAUUUUUUUUUUUAAAGGGAGAAAUAUGUCCAGGGAGCUGUAACUGUUACAGUAUAUUUUAAAUGUAUGUGUUGAACAGAUUAACUUUUUAAACAUUAACAUACAGCAUGACACAGUUCUGCUAUCCAUGCUGUGAUUGCAGGAUUGCUUGGAAGCUGCACUGAUGUGCAGCCCACCUGCUCAUGGUGGGGGGUCCUGUUCCAGGCCACAGAGAGGCAACAAGCAAUGCUCUGCUUGGAGAUUCGUACAGGAAGCCAAGAAGGAGCUGAGAGGGGCCCAGCCAGUGGUUACAAGAGACAGCAGGAGGUUCAGACCACAGCAAGGGUGGCACCGGAGUAGCCUCCAACUCAUCUUAUUUGACUGGUAGAGUGUUAUUAAAGCCUUUGAAAUCCCUACCAGCUUUUAAAAAUCAAGAGAUUUCACAUAGAAAUCCUGAUCUCUGGGUUCUUUAGAGAAAUCCAGACCUGGGACGCUGGGCUUACCAGUCCGCACGACCCCACUUGGCUGGAGCCAAGCAGCACCUGCCCCUAUGGAAAGAGCCCGCCCCUGUAGAAAGAGCCCGCCCCUGCAAAAGCAUGUACGGUUUAGAAACCUGGCUGAGAAAAACAGAGGAUCAGAAGGUCUGAGGGAGGAAACAGAGGGGCAAGUUUGAGGGAGCUGGGCAGGGCCGCCUGGCCACCAUCAGGGCUGAGCAGGCUCAGUGUGGCACCACUGACAGCUUCUCACCAGGACUAUCAGACCGCUUGGGAAAAAGACUUCACCAUGAGUUGUGUGUUCAUACCUUUUGAUCCAGUAAAAGGAAACGGUUGGGGGGGGGAGGGGCAAGAGUAUACAUUUUGUGAAAGAAAAAAUACACAAAAAGAUGUUUUGUGGCAUUUGGGUUUGUGAGUUCGAGAACUGAAAAAUGGCAUUUUAUGUAUAAUGGAAAGCCUCUUUACUGCUGUAGAGUGAAAAGCAGGCUGGCUUUCAGUGCGACGGUCGCAAAUGUGGGGCUUUACAGUACUUGGAAUGUACAGGACACCCUUAAAAGCCAAGAAGCUUGCCUUUGCUUUGUUUACAUCAGUGCAUUAUGAUUUUGAGCCAUUAUAUCUCUUCAUAAUUGCCACUGUUUUAGGGCUUAUGAAAUUUAAAGUCUCAACUUAUGUGUUAACCAGCCAAAUCUUUUCAAGUGUCUGUGUGUGGUAUGAGAAUUCGUAUUGUGUUCUCUGCUGUUUUCAGAGUUGUUUCAGUCAAAGAAAAAAAAAUGCCCGUCUUAAAACUUUUCCUCUGCUUCAAAUACAGCUCCCAAGCCCAGGCUGAUUGGAAUUAAUCUGUCCUCCCUUAAAAGGGCAAAAGCACAAGGCUCAGCCCUGGCUUUCCCAGCUCCUCUGGUCUCGCUGCUCCACAGACGUGUGACGUACGCUGGUGAAACGAAGCCCGCUUGAAUGGGGGCUUCACUAUUGUGUGCUGCUGAACCUAGGCCUAGCGCCUGGCAGGCUUUGGUGAAUGUUCAGAAAAUGACAGUUCAUUUCGUGUCAGCGAGGGCACACCAGCUUUGAAUAUUUUGCUGCUGUUCAAAUGCACAAUUUUGACAAUUACCUAGCAAUGUCCAAAGUCGUCAUAAUUGUUAGUGUCUUGCACGUGAUGUUCCUUAUAACCAUGUAAUAAAUACAGUGUGAAGUCUCCAUGGCUGCCUCAGUGUGGAAAAUGCAAAGACUCCCGUGUGUGCGAUCUUGGUGAAUGUUUUGGUUGAAAGUAUGUGUUUUGAAAAAAUCAUUGCUUUGUUUGCAGCAGUAAAACUGACGGCAGAGUUUCCAACACGAAAGCCCGUGUGGUCGCGCCGGGAGCUCACGGCGUUCCAAGCGGCCCUUAUCCCGCGUUGAUGCCCAGGCACCCCGCGCGCCCUGUUUCACCAGGCCCAGUCACUCCAGCUCCAGCAGCACUGAGAGCCCACGAACGCCAAAGGCGAGAGCGAGGUGGGGGAGGGCGGCCGGAAAUGCGCGCGCGGCUCUCUGGGAAAUGGAGUUAGGCGCGCGCCGGCGCAGUGUCGGCUGCCGGUGCCGCGGCCUUUGUCUCGCAGUCAGGAGGGAGCAAGUGACGUUUGAGGACGUGGUAGUGGACUUCAGCCAGGAGGAGUGGGGGCAGCUGAAGCCUGCCCAGAGGACCCUGUACCGUGAUGUAAUGCUGGACACCUUCAGGCUUCUGGUCUCUGUGGGACAUUGGUUACCGAAGCCGAAUGUCAUCUCCCUGCUGGAGCAAGAGGCAGAGCUGUGGGCGGUGGACUCUGGACUUCCCCAAGGCGUGUACCCAGAGAUUAAGGGACAUUUCCAGUUUUUGCUUCUUUCAGACUUGGAAACUAGACCCAAAGUCAAACUGUCAGUUCUAAAGCAAGGCAUCUCUGAAGAAAUAUCCAACAAUGUCAUCUUGGUAGAAAGAUUCCUGUGGGAUGGUCUGUGGUACUGCAGGGGUGAGGACACUGAGGGCCACUGGGAAUGGAGUUGUGAGAGUCUAGAGAGCCUGGCAGUGCCGGUGGCCUUCACGCCUGUGAAGACGCGUGUUCGGGAGCAGUGGCAGAGGAAUGGGUUUGGGGAAAACAUAAGUCUGAACCCUGAUCUCCCACAUCAACCAAUGACUCCUGAAAGACAAGGCCCCCACACAUGGGGAACACGUGGAAAAAGGGAGAAGCCAGACCUAAAUGUUUUACAGAAAACCUGUGUAAAAGAGAAACCCUACAAAUGUCAGGAAUGCGGAAAGGCCUUUAGUCACAGCUCAGCACUUAUCGAACACCACCGGACGCACACAGGAGAGAGACCUUACGAAUGUCACGAAUGCUUAAAAGGCUUCCGGAACAGCUCGGCACUUACCAAACACCAGAGAAUCCAUACUGGGGAGAAACCCUAUAAAUGCACUCAGUGUGGGAGGACCUUCAACCAAAUUGCCCCACUGAUCCAGCACCAGAGAACUCACACAGGCGAGAAGCCCUAUGAAUGCAGCGAAUGUGGGAAAUCCUUCAGUUUUAGGUCCUCCUUCAGCCAGCACGAGCGAACUCACACAGGCGAGAAGCCCUACGAGUGCAGUGAGUGCGGGAAAGCCUUCCGGCAAAGCAUCCACCUCACCCAGCAUCUGCGAAUCCACACUGGGGAGAAACCCUAUCAGUGUGGUGAGUGUGGCAAGGCCUUCAGCCACAGCUCAUCCUUGACCAAACACCAGCGAAUCCACACAGGGGAGAAGCCCUACGAGUGCCAUGAGUGUGGAAAAGCCUUCACCCAGAUCACACCACUGAUUCAGCACCAGAGGACCCACACAGGAGAAAAGCCCUAUGAGUGCAGUGAGUGUGGGAAAGCCUUCAGUCAGAGCACACUCCUGACCGAGCAUCGGAGGAUUCACACAGGAGAGAAGCCCUAUGGAUGCAACGAGUGUGGGAAAACCUUCAGCCACAGCUCCUCACUCAGCCAGCAUGAGCGGACACACACAGGAGAGAAGCCCUAUGAGUGCAGUCAGUGUGGGAAGGCCUUCCGGCAGAGCACACACCUCACCCAACACCAGCGAAUCCACACAGGGGAGAAGCCCUAUGAAUGCAAUGACUGCGGCAAGGCAUUCAGUCACAGCUCGUCCCUCACCAAACAUCAGCGAAUCCACACUGGGGAGAAGCCCUACGAAUGCAACCAGUGUGGCAGAGCCUUCAGCCAGCUUGCUCCCCUCAUUCAGCAUCAGAGGAUCCACACAGGAGAGAAACCCUAUGAAUGUAACCAGUGUGGCAGAGCCUUCAGCCAGAGCUCCCUUCUCAUCGAACACCAGAGGAUUCACACCAAGGAAAAGCCGUAUGGGUGCAAUGAGUGUGGGAAAUCCUUCAGCCACAGCUCCUCGCUCAGCCAGCACGAAAGGACGCACACUGGGGAAAAGCCCUAUGAGUGUCACGAUUGCGGAAAGUCCUUUAGGCAGAGCACCCACCUCACUCAGCACCGGAGGAUCCACACAGGAGAGAAGCCAUAUGCAUGCAGGGACUGUGGAAAGGCCUUUACCCACAGCUCCUCCCUUACCAAGCACCAGAGAACUCACACUGGAUAAACCCACUCCACAUGUGCUGGGGACAUAGGAAGACCUUAAGCCAUAGCUCAUCCCUUUCUAGAUUUGACCCAAUCAUACACAUGAGAAACGUACAUUCAUACACAAGCCUUUUCACACAGCACUCCCCUCAGACACCCUCAGAGAGUUCACACUGAUGGGAAAUGACCAUGGGACCACCAAGCUCUAGGUCAUCCAUCCCUGCAUUCAAAUAGUAGGGAAACGUGGAGAUAAUCAACACUCAGGACCUUCAGCCUCGAACGCCCAUUAGUGCUAUGUUAUAGAACCUACAAAAAAGAAAUGGAACAAAUGUAGUGGAUCCAGGGAACGCUUUUGUCCAAGGAUUCACCGUAUUCCAAACCAGAGAUGUUCAAAUUGGUGAGAAACCCAACAAAUGCCUUUCAUAUAUACGAGAACCAAAUGAAGUCAGAAUUUGCCAUUAUUGCACAUUACAUUUUUGGGGGGGGAAGUGCUUAUGAAUGGUGCAGGUUGACUCUGAUAUUCAUUCCCAAAUGACAAUAUGGCAGAGUGUUCCAGAAAUGAGAGUGGCAUCUUUAUGGAAUCACUAUGGAUAUUGACUGUCUCAGUAAACAGCUGUCUUGUCUGUGUGUAUAUUGUUUGAUCAGGGUACAUGGCAGCCAGUCACAGAUUGGAAUUACAUAUGACAAAGUAUCAGUGUACUAUAAACAGGUUUUUAGUUAUCCCUGCAUUAUUUUUGCAAUUAAUCUUUAUAUGCAAUGAGAUUGAAAAGCUUUGUAUGGGAAGACUCAAAAUGUAAAGCUGCUUCCGUAGAGUCUCACUGAUUCUGAGAUGGCUUUUGCUGCUCUGUUCUCCCUCUACAUUUCUCUGCAGAACUCGCGUUAGAAACACAGAUAUUUGUUUUACAAAAAGGGAGAUGCUUCCUUUGUUAAACCAUCGUCUUAUAAGCAAUAGCAAAUUCAUGUUAGAAACUUC